AUGGACCGUCGUUAUUUUCUGUUUGAAGAAGCAGUUUGGACCAUAGUGUUUGGUACCAACCCAGGCACGGAUGUAACAGCCCAAAUAUGCAGGAACGGACAACAAGGUUAUUCUGGUACGGUUGUACCGUUUGUCGAUGGGGUAGGUCGUCUUUCCUACCCCGGUUUCGAGGCUUGGGACUACAUCCUUCCUCCCGGUGUCGCAUGCCCACUGCCGCUCCCUAAAACCACCUAUCCCGUUUCGAUGACGGCACUCGGCCCUGUCGGAGUGGCACCUGCAAAUACAUACUUUCACUUUGAUAAUAACGAUCGGGAACAAUCAUUCAAGGUCGAAACUUGGGGAAGCUACUCCGUUGGGGACACGGCAGAUCCGGCUAACAAUGACCUUGUCUACUUUCAAGCACGGCAAUGUAGGAACGGUGUUGAAAUUUGGUUGGGACUUGUGGCUACGGGUGCAACUCACUUUGAAAUAUCAAGUGGCGACACUCCUUGUGGUCGACGGGAACCUUAUGGUCGACGGGAACCAGAAGAAAGCGGAGUCUUCCAAAGUGGAGAUGAAAUUGUUCCGUUUUCUGAGAGUUGUAUUGGUUCUUGA